AUGCGUCUCUCCGGUCUCUCCUGGAGCGCCGCCGUGGUCGCUCUCUGGCCUUUGAGCCUGCUCAUUCCUUCGGCUCUAUCCUCUCACUCGGUCAACGUCGCCCUUGAGACAUCGUUUGCUGCCGGGCCAUAUUUGGUUGAACUGCUGGAGACCGCCGCUCUCGAGAAUUCGUCAUCCUACUUCCCUCUUCUCGAUCGCAUCGCAAACGGCGCUUUUUUGGAGUUGCAGACGGAGCAAGAGCUGUACAGUAAAUUCAUAGAAGUGUUACAACAUGAUGGGCACCUUUCCAGUCCCGAAUCUCUUUCUUCCUUCAAGUUCGCCCUCGCCCUCCAUGCAGCCGCUCCUCGGGUUGAGGCUCAUUUCCAGUACUACAACACCUCGGUGCAACCGCAUUUGAUGGCAGCGCAGGACGCUGUCUGUCCAGUGUGGGUAUAUCUAGAUGGCCAACAGUACUGUUCGCCCGAGCUGGAUCGUGCUCAGCAGGCAGUGUCACUUCCUGCCGUGACCGAAGAACUUCCCUUCGAUCGUGUCCUAGGAUCGAAUGCAGACGGUCUAGCUUCGAUCCUGUACGCGGACAUCACACAUCCUCUGUUUGGCCAAUUCCACAAUGUCGUCAGUCAGACUGCCCGUGACGGGAGAUCGACGUACAGGGUACGCUACAGGCCUGCUUCUGUGACCGAACGCAAGUCUCUUUUUGUCAGCGGUUACGGGGUCGAGUUGGUUCUCAAGCGGACAGAUUAUAUCGUGAUUGAUGAUCGGGAUGCUGCCAGCUCAGACACGCCAGAUGAGGAUCGUACCUCUCUAGACAAUGUGAAGGACGAUGAACUGAGCGAUUUGAAGCCAUUAACAACGUCCGAGGUGGUCAAUCUGGGUCUCAACGCCGCUAGCUUCAUAGCAUCGAGCUCCGACCCGUUACAAAGUCUGCUGCAAAUCACAUCUGAUUUCCCUCGAUAUUCGUCGCUCCUUGCCUCUGCUAACGCUAGCAAAGAGUUCCUCGUCGAGCACAGAUCCAACCGGGAACGCUUCUUACCGUCAGGCUACAGUGUCUUCUGGAUCAAUGGUGUCCAAAUCGAGCCUCGUCAGAUCAAUGCGUACUCACUCCUCGACCAUCUGCGGCGUGAGAGACGCAUUAUUGGUGACAUUAGAGACAUUGGUCUUACAUCCUCGGAAGCGAUCAACCUUCUGUCGAGCGAGGUCAUUGCCGAAGCGCAGGCGAAUGAAGUGCCCCAAAGAUUUGACUGGCGAGACGAUAUCGAAGCGGACAAGGUCUUGAUAUGGUUGAAUGAUCUCGAACAGGACAAACGAUAUGCCUCAUGGCCAUCAGCAUUGCGGAAUCUAUUCCAACGGGUCUACCCAGGACAGCUGCCCCAGCUACGCCGCGACGUUCACAAUCUCGUUGUGCCCAUAGACAUGGGCAGCAUUAAAGAUAUCGAACUUGUGGCAACCUCCUUACAAGGGCUCGUCAGAAGACAGGUGCCGAUCAGAGUUGCCUUGGUUCCGAUUGGAUCUGGGGCAAUUGCCGAUGAUUAUACCCGAGUGUCGUAUCACAUCCUGGACACAUACGGUUUGGCGCCAUUGGUAGCCUUCUUUUCAGAUGUUGCUGCGUCCAAGAAGCUGUUACCGAGCCCAGAAAAGAGCUUCCAGAAAGCUAUACUCGGCCGUUCCGUCCGAGAGGGCAAACGAGCCUUGCCUUACGAUGACGUCUUGAUUUCGGAAGAUUUGCUGCAGAGGCUCCAGGCGCGAAAUGAUUACGUGAGUCGCCUGGCUCUCAGUAGUUCCGAUCCUCCAUUCAUCAUCAACGGAGUGGUUCUGCCUAGAACUGACAACUGGUUCGAACUCAUGAGUUCCCGGUUGUUCGCCGACCUUCAACUGCUGCAACAGGCUGUUUACCAAGGCAUCAUCCCUGAGGAUAGUUGGGUUCCUCAAUUCUUUCUCUUACAAGCUUCAGCACGGCGGAACGAGAUUGUAUUCCCUCAUGACCCGAAGGAUAUCAAGAUUGUCGAUAUAAGCCGCUUGGCCGCUGAGUUUCCGGACGCGCUGAACAUUUUGCCGCGCGUUCCAGGGGCAGCAGCGACCCUGUUGAGCGACCGAGCGCACCUCCUGGUCGUCACAGAUGUAGAUUCCGAAGAUGGCAGAGGACUCCUAAUGGAAGUUCUAGCAUUUCGACAACAAUUUCCUGAGAUUGAUGUCCUGCUAUUGCAUAACCCGGCGUCAGAUACACAAUCGUCUAAAUUGGCAUGUGCCAUCUACGCGUUGGCUCAAGAUAACGGACGAGAUCUCACGCCCGAAGAACUGCGGCUCAUCCUUGAGACUGAAUCGAACCUGGCAGAUGCAGUUCACGGAGCCGAGACUUGUGCAGCUUUUUGGAGCGCCGGGGUCGGUUUAACACGCAGUCUAGGGUUCUCCCAUGGUCAAAGUGGGCUGUGGCUGAAUGGUCGAGUUAUCGGACCUUUAAAUCGAGAGUUCACCGCUCAUGAUUUGGAGUCGUUGCUCGAGCUGGAACGACGAGAAAGAAUCACCCCUGUGACAACUGCCAUCACGUCGCUAGGAUUGGAAGAACGCUUUUCCAAUGCGCUAGAUCUAGCAAAGGUCACCUCGCUCGUGGCUAGAGCUCUCAAAUCAGAUCUUCCGGAAGGUCUGAGAGAAUCUGUACCUCUGAUCAGGAUGGAUCGGUUCAAGAUCUGGAACGGCACUCACACGUCGAUCAAAGUCUCCAAUACAGACGACCCCUCUAUCCAGGUUGUCGCUGUGGUGGACCCGGCCUCUGAAAUUGUGCAACAGUGGGUGCCAAUAUUGCAGGCCCUCUCGCAACUUCAUGGUGUCAGUGUUCAGAUCUUCCUGAACCCGAAGGAAAGGCUGUCUGAGCUGCCCGUCAAGCGUUUCUUUCGCCAGGUCAUCAGUUCAGAACCGAGCUUCAACGAAGAUGGCUCGCUGGUGACCCCAACCGCUUCGUUUUCAGGUGUGCCCAAGGAUACUCUGUUCAAUCUCGGUAUGGCUGUUCCUCCAUCAUGGUUAGUGGCGCCCAAGAAAUCUAUCCAUGACCUUGACAACAUCAAGCUGGGCAAUCUGGCCGAGGGCGAGAAUAUUGAUGCGUGGUACGAACUCGAACACAUUCUGAUUGAAGGUCAUGCUCGGGACGUGACGGUCGGUCCGCCACCGCGCGGUGUACAGCUACUGCUUGGAACCGAGGAGGAGCCGCGUUUUACCGAUACCAUUGUCAUGGCCAAUUUGGGAUAUUUCCAGUUCAAGGCAAACCCUGGAUAUUGGCAAAUUUCACUCAAACCCGGCAGAUCGUCUAAAAUCUUCAACAUCGACAGCGUCGGACCAAACGGAUAUUCUGCUCAGCCCGGCGAUGAAACCACCUCGGUGGCGCUUCUCUCAUUCCAAGGCCUGACUUUAUUCCCCCGUCUUUCACGGAAACUUGGGAUGGAGGCCGAGGAUGUGCUGGAAUCGUCUGGGUCCGGUGGACCCAUGGACUAUAUCAGCAAGGGCGCAUCCUUUGCUUCCUCGGCGCUCUCCUCUCUGGGGUUGAAAAAGACGUCGACCACCAACGCGGAAAUCAACAUAUUUUCCGUCGCCUCGGGCCAUCUGUACGAACGUAUGCUCAACAUUAUGAUGGUGUCGGUGAUGAAACAUACAAAGCACAGCGUCAAGUUUUGGUUUAUUGAGCAGUUCUUGUCGCCCUCCUUCAAGUCGACUGUCCCGGAGCUGGCCAAGCACUACGGGUUCGACUAUGAGAUGGUAACAUACAAGUGGCCACACUGGCUGCGGGGCCAGAAGGAAAAACAGCGAGAAAUCUGGGGAUACAAGAUUUUAUUCUUGGACGUCCUGUUCCCACUUGACCUGGACAAGGUGAUUUUUGUCGAUGCCGACCAGAUCGUCCGGACCGAUAUGAUGGAACUCGUCCAGGUCGAUCUGAAAGGUGCGCCUUAUGGCUUCACACCCAUGUGUGACUCACGGACAGAAAUGGAAGGGUUUCGGUUCUGGAAGCAGGGGUACUGGGAGACCUACCUCAAGGGCAAGCCGUACCACAUCUCGGCAUUGUACGUGGUUGAUCUCAAGCGAUUCCGACAACUCGCGGCCGGGGAUCGAUUGAGACAACAGUAUCAGGCACUCUCGGCUGACCCCAACAGUCUCAGCAAUCUUGACCAGGACUUGCCCAACCAUUUGCAACACACGCUGCCUAUCUACAGUCUCAGCCAGGACUGGCUUUGGUGUGAGACAUGGUGCAGCGAUGCCAGCUUGACCACGGCGAAGACGAUUGAUCUGUGCAACAAUCCAUUAACCAAGGAACCGAAGCUGGAUCGAGCCAGACGACAGGUUCCCGAAUGGACCGAGUAUGAUGAAGAAAUCACCAGCGUUAUCAAGGCGGCCAAGAGCCAGGAAGAUGAGUCGACGUUCGGACAAGAUGUUGAACAAAAGGGGGUAGAGGCAGAGAGGAAACGGGAUGAGUUAUGA